AUGACGAAGAAUCCUUAUCGCAAAGGCAACACUGCUGUUGCUGCUGCUCCCAAGAGGACAGCUUCCUCAGAUAACAACAAGAAGACUCUAAUAUCCACAGAACUGCAGGGCCUGCUUUCCAAGUUGCGUCCCUUUCAACGAGAAGCUUACGAAUUUGCCACCUUGGGUAAGGUCUCUUCCAGGCUUCAACCGUCAUCUGAUUUCCGUCAUGAUCCAGAUUUGUUGGGCAAGGGACGCAUCCUCUUGGCGGAUGAGAUGGGAUUGGGUAAAACGAUUACCAGUUUGGCCAUUAUGGCGCACUACAAAUCAGAAUGGCCAUUGCUCAUUUUGUGUCCAGCAUCUCUCCGUCACAUGUGGCCCGCCGAAAUUGAAAAGUUUCUACCCAGUAUCCCUCCGCAGGCAGUCUAUGUCGUCAAUGGAUUUAACGACAUUCACUUUGAAAAGAAACCAAACGUUCAAGUUGUCGUCGUCACAUUUAGUCUCCUCCAAAAUAGAUCCGCCGUGGCCCAACUACUCCAGACAUUCCACUUUCGAUGCAUUAUUGUCGACGAGUCCCAUAAUUUGAAGCAAAAAACAGCACAACGUUCGAAACUCGCCUUGCCCAUUUUAAAAGAGGCACAACGGCUCGUUCUCUUGUCGGGAACUCCCGCAAUGGCACGGCCCGUCGAAUUGUGGCUGCAGCUACAUGUGCUUUCACCCACGCUCUUUGGCAAAUACACGGACUUUACCAACACGUAUUGUGGCGCCAAACGCAUCUUUGGACGGUGGGAUGUGUCCGGACUCUCCAAUGCGAAAGAAUUGCAUGCAAAACUACAACAAGUCAUGGUACGACGACUCAAAUGCAAUGUCUUGCACGAAUUGCCACCCAAACAACGAUCCGUCAUCCCCAUUCACACCAUUGCCGACAAGACCAAACUCAAAGAAACGCAACAACUCUUACAAGAAUUAAAAGGCACUCGUCUCUCCGUGGCCCAAUUGGUGGGAGACGAUCAACGAACGGCCAGUUUUGAGGCCAAAACCUUGUUUCAGCAAGCCUAUCAAGCCGGUGGGAUGAUCAAGGCACAAGCUGUGGCAGAUUAUCUCGUCGAUUGGAUUGCCGGAGCGGGGACACAAAAGGUACUCGUCUUUUGCCAUCACAAGGCGGUCAUGGAUACCCUCGAAUUGGCCAUUUCCAAGUCCCUCAAGGGAGUCGGUCAUAUUCGAAUUGACGGCAGUGUUGCUUCCAAUGAACGAGCCAAACUGGUCCGCAAAUUCCAGACAAGUGUCCAAGUUCGCGUGGCACUGUUGAGCAUGACGGCGGCAGGAGUCGGAUUGACCUUGACGGCCGCAUCCAAUGUCAUGUUUGCCGAACUCCAUUAUACUCCCGGAGUCUUGGCCCAGGCCGAAGAUCGGGCUCAUCGCAUUGGACAGCGCAAUGCUGUCAAUAUCAUGUACUUUAUUUGCAAGGAUCCCACCAUUUCGGUCGAUUUGCAACUCUGGAACAUGUUGGGACGCAAAGUUGGAACCUUGGAACAAGUCAUCGAGGGUGGCACAGGAAAGGAGCGAGCGGCACUGGCGGCAGUGGAACAAGAAGAACAGCAACCACGACAACAAUCGGCUCAAGAAGAGCUCACAACCUUUUUUGCCGAGACGGCCGCCGCCGAAGCAAAGGCGCCACCAAAGGUGGCCACCAAAGGGUCCAUCUUGAGCUUUUUCCAAAAGAAGAAAGCCUCAAAUGAGGUUUCUGCCGCCACUACCAAUAAUAAUUCAGUUGCAGCGAGCAAACCACAGGCAGUACGGAGACCGGAGAAGAAGAAACAGCUUCCUACUAGGAGUUGUAGUUUCGACGAGAACCAGGAAGCAAGCCCGACAAGGAGUGUUCCCGAGAAGACCAAGAAAGAUGACAAGGUGGAGUGGGCAUGCCAAGCUUGUACAUUCGUCAACUGCAAGAAAGCAGCAUCGGUCAUGGCCUGUCACAUUUGUCAAACAGUCUUUGAUCACAAGAAGGAAGCAUCAUCGGUCAAAUCAGCUAAACAAUCUCAGCGUCCAAAGAAACAAUCAACUCCAAGUAGAAAUGCAUCUCCAUUGGCGCUGCAAGUGCCAAUGUCUUCCAAGCCCUCAAGCUCGCCUGAUGUGAUUGUCCUUGACGAUGAUGACGCCGGCGCGAAGCCAACCGCGACAAAAUCCCAUAAGAAACGAAAGGACCGACCUGAUGUCGUUGUCAUUGAUGUUGAUACCAAACAAGAACCGGCAAAGAAGCCAAAAAAGUCGUCUAUUGCGACGAUUUCAACAGCAGCGUCACCCGCGGAAAUGCUGACAUUCAGCGUCUCCAAGAAUAGUGGGCGCUUCACGUUGCACUACAACGAAACCAACACUUCCACUUUCCAGAACUUUGCCGCUGAUGAUGUUCUCACUGAGAAAACCGUCAUUGCUCUGGAGGAUGCCCAGACGAAACGAGGAAAGUCAACCGACCCAACUUGCAUCGCUUUCAAUCAAUUGUCGGUCAUGGAAAUUAUUCAAAGACUAGACUCUAGCAUUGUCAGUUCUCCGCCAAAACAACAGCAAUGCGCCAGGGAGACGGAAGAAUUCGUCCGGUCCUAUUUGGCACUGAGGGAAGUGCAUCGAAAGGCAAUCAAGGACUCUGGCGAAGCCUUUUCAUCCAAGAAUCUUGCGCAGAGUGCUGCCAAAUUGCUCACGAUGAAGAAUACAAGUGCAUUGCACAAAUCCUCUACGGAUCGGUACAGCGGAGGCGCCAAGGAACGAGCCGGAGAACGGCUGAAAGAUGGCACGGCCAGCAAGGAGGACAUGGAUGUGCUCAAGGGUGACAACUGUGCUUGGUGUGCAGGUGCUCUGUCAGAUGCCUCGAAACUCGCCAAGGCGGUGUACUGUUCUCAAGCUUGUGCCGAAGAGGGUCGGAUCCGUCGCGGUGGAAUGUUUGCUUCGAGCCGCAUCCGUGAACAAGUGUUUGCCCUGGAAGGUGGCGUUUGUCAGUUGUGUGGAGUCAACGCCCAUGCCCUCUUUCUUCGUAUCAAGUCUCUCCCUCCAUCAGAACGGUUGAGUGUUCUUUGCAAUGCCAAGUGGAAGUUGCCCAAGAGUCGUCGUGCUCUGGAGCGUCUCCUACAGGAUCCCACAGAGGGCAGCUUUUGGCAAGCCGACCACAUACAAGCAGUAGCCGAAGGAGGUGGAGGUUGUGGCAUUGACAAUUUGAGGUCGCUCUGUGUUCCUUGCCAUACAAUAGAAACCGAAAAGCUUCGUGGACGGCUAAAAUUGAAUGGAGGCAGCGGUCUAAGUCAGGACGAUGGCGUAGAGUCGAGAGCAGGGAAAUUGAAGCAGAUGGAUAUCCGGGAUGUGUUCACGAGAUAA